UAGGGUUAAUGAACAGUGGUCCAAUGGAUCUGGCCAAAAUGACAGAAUAAAACAGUCAUCUGUCUAUCAAAUCAUCUUUUUGCAAUGGAAAUGUGUGGAGAAACCAGUCAAAACUCCACCCUGAGUGAGUGCCUCUGAAACCAGAGGCCCUUGAACAGAAAAGGGAGUCCAAAAUGAUUGAUUGAAAGAGAGCGGCGAAAGAACUGUAUGAUACAGCCAGUGUGCUGCAAAUUAAUCUGCUUAAAGAAUUACAACAUUCCAAAGCAGAAUCUCAUAUAAUCAUCUGGAUCAAAAUGCUGGUUGGGAAUGUUGUAAUUCCGUAAUUCCGUUGCCCAUAGUGACUGCACAAAAAGCUGUGUUUCAAUGGUGUCUCUCCACCGUAUGAGUGCCAACUCACUACAAAGCUAUUAUGCUGUACCAGAAGUAAAUUUGUCUUUCUGCUCAUGGCCUCGUAUGGUAGUAGUGAGACUCACACGCACACAUUGGGCUCCCAGGUCGGGCAAGGCGAGGUUAAUGAGUGACUACACCAGGCAGACGACAGGUAAUGUAUUUUGUGUAGUCUUUGUUUGACACAUCCGGUGUGAAAACUACACACUGUGGUAAGACCAUCAGAAGUACAUUCCAGAUUCGCACAACUAGGACCCGAGAACCCCAAAAGGGUAAGAAGAUGAGCGACCAGCCAUAAUCACAUAGCCCAGACAACCAGAACCCUGGUCAGAACCCCUUUCUCUCCACCUGUUGCUGACUGCCGACACCCUGGGACCCGUCGUCGCCAUGGAGACGGUGGUGAUCGUGGCCAUUGGGGUGCUGGCCACCAUCUUCCUGGCCUCCUUCAUUGCCCUGGUGGUGGUGUGUCGACACCGCUACUGCCACCCCCACCACCUGCUGCACCACUUCAACUCCAAGCCCAAUGGACUGACCUGCUGGUUUGAAGCUAUAAGUCUAUGGAUUGAACAGAGCGACUUCACAGCACUAAGACCCAGUGUUGACCUGAUCGGUGCCAUGGAGACCCAGAGUGAGCCCUCUGAGCUGGAGCUGGACGACGUGGUCAUCACCAACCCUCACAUCGAGGCCAUCCUGGAGAACGAGGACUGGAUCGAGGACGCCUCUGGAUUGGUUUCACAUUGUAUCUCCAUCUUAAAGAUCUGCCACACCCUGACUGAAAAGCUGGUUGCCAUGACAAUGGGCUCAGGCGCUAAGGUGAAAGCCCCAGCCAGCCUCAGUGACAUCAUCACUGUGGCUAAACGCAUCAGUCCGAGGGUGGAUGACGUUGUGCGGUCAAUGUACCCUCCCCUGGACCCCAUACUUCUUGAUGCCAGGGCCACCGCCCUCCUCCUGUCAGUCAGUCACCUGGUGCUGGUGACACGCAACGCCUGUCACAUGUCUGGCAGCAUGGACUGGAUCGACCAAUCACUGCACGCCGCUGAGGAUCACAUGGUGGUGCUGCGGGAGGCGGCGCUAGCAUCUGAACCGGAACGGAGUCUACCUGGAAUAGACGUGCAGAGAGAGCAGGCUAUCUAGAACACACAGACAUGUACAUACACACAUGCACGCACACAUUCACAUAGGCAAGCAGGCACAUACACUCCUUCUCUAUAUAUCAUACAAAUAGACACAUUAAUGCACAUCUCGGGCACAUUCUCACGCAUACACAAUGCUUGAUAAACACACAAUUUAAAAAAACUCAACACAUUCCCAAUGAUCUUUCUCACUGUUGUUCUGUGCUGAUUUACAUACAGAUUGGUUGCUAGAUAAUAGAAAAGAGCUGGUUUUAGAAAAGGAUGGGUUGCCAGAUCCUUGUGCUAUUUUGCUCUUGAUCCUUUCACUUUUACCAUGUUUCUGGUUUUGUAUAUAGUUAUGUAUAACCAUAAUGUAUGUUAUGAUUAGGAUUUAUAUAGAUUUUAUGUUACACUCUCAGACUCAGAUUGUAUUGUAAGUGGAGAGCUCACUGAGACAGGCUUGUGUGUAGUUGUUGCCAUGGACGACUGCCCCCUUGACAUUCCUUCCUGGGUGUCGUCCAUCUCCCAGCGGUGAGCUAUAAUCCACCCCGUUAGGAGUGCAGUCACAUGGAAGCUUACAUUUAGUCAGACUAAUCCAUGUGGGGGAAAACCCUGGACACCCAAUAGGACCAAAGGCCUGGGAAAUAUAUGCACACCUACUCAGAGCAAUACACUCUUACUCAGAGCAAUACACUCUUACUCAGAGCAAUACACUCUUACUUAGAGCAAUACACUCUUACUCAGAGCAAUACACUCUUACUCAGAGCAAUACACUCUUACUCAGAGCAAUACACUCUUACUUAGAGCAAUACACUCUUACUCAGAGCAAUACACUCUUACUCAGAGCAAUACACUCUUACUCAGAGCAAUACACUCUUACUCAGAGCAAUACACUUUUACUCAGAGCAAUAUACUCUUACUUAGAGCAAUACACUCUUUCUCAGAACAAUACACUCUUUCUCAGAACAAUACACUGCUACUCAGAUCAAUACACUACUACUCAGAUCAAUACACUACUACUCAGAGCAACACACUCUUACUUAGAGAAAUACACUCUUUCUCAGAGCAAUACACUGCUACUCAGAGCAAUACACUGCUACUCAGAGCAAUACACAGCUACUCAGAGCAAUACACUGCUACUCAGAGCAAUACACAGCUACUCGGAGCAAUAUACUCUUACUUAAAGCAAUACACUCUUACUUAGGGCAAUACACUCUUACUCAGAGCAAUACACUCUUACUCAGAUCAAUUCACUCUUACUCAAAGCAAUACAUUCUUACUCAAAGCAAUACAUUCUUACUCAAAGCAAUACACUCUUUCUCAGAACAAUACACUGCUACUCAGAUCAAUACACUGCUACUCAGAUCAAUACACUACUACUCAGAUCAAUAUACUACUACUCAGAGCAAUACACUCUUACUCAGAGCAAUACACAGCUACUCAGAGCAAUACACUGCUACUCAGAGCAAUACACAGCUACUCAGAGCAAUACACUGCUACUCAGAGAAAUACACUGCUACUCAGAGCAAUACACAGCUACUCAGAGCAAUACACUCUUACUUAGAGCAAUACACUCUUACUUAGAGCAAUACACUACUACCAUACUCAGAGAAAUACACUGCUACUCAGAGCAAUACACUGCUACUCAGAGCAAUACACUGCUGCUUAGAGCAAUACACUCUUACUUAGAGCAAUACACUACUACCAUACUCAGAGAAAUACACUGCUACUCAGAGCAAUACACUCUUACUCAGAGCAAUACACUCUUACUCAGAGCAAUACACUGAUACUCAGAGCAAUACAGUCUUACUCAGAGCAAUACACUGAUACUCAGAGCAAUACACUGCUACUUAGAGCAAUACACUGAUACUCAGAGCAAUAAAGUCUUACUUAGAGCAAUACACUGAUACUUAGAGCAAUACACUCUUACUCAGAGCAAUACACUGAUACUCAGAGCAAUACACUGCUACUUAGAGCAAUACACUGAUACUCAGAGCAAUACACUGAUACUCAGAGCAAUAAAGUCUUACUUAAAGCAAUACACUGAUACUCAGAGAAAUACAGUCUUCCUUAGAGCAAUACACUGAUACUCAGAGCAAUACACUGCUACUUAGAGCAAUACACUCUUACUCAGAGCAAUACACUGAUACUCAGAGCAAUACAGUCUUACUCAGAGCAAUACACUGAUACUCAGAGCAAUACACUGCUACUUAGAGCAAUACACUCUUACUCAGAGCAAUACAGUCUUACUCAGAGCAAUACACUGAUACUCAGAGCAAUACAGUCUUCCUUAGAGCAAUACACUGAUACUCAGAGAAAUACAGUCUUCCUUAGAGCAAUACACUGAUACUCAGAGCAAUACAGUCUUCCUUAGAGCAAUACACUGAUACUCAGAGAAAUACAGUCUUCCUUAGAGCAAUACACUGAUACUCAGAGCAAUACACUGCUACUUAGAGCAAUACACUCUUACUCAGAGCAAUACACUGAUACUCAGAGCAAUACAGUCUUACUCAGAGCAAUACACUGAUACUCAGAGCAAUACACUGCUACUUAGAGCAAUACACUCUUACUCAGAGCAAUACAGUCUUACUCAGAGCAAUACACUGAUACUCAGAGCAAUACACUGCUAUUUAGAGCAAUACACUGAUACUCAGAGCAAUAAAGUCUUACUUAGAGCAAUACACUGAUACUCAGAGCAAUACACUCUUACUCAGAGCAAUACACUGAUAAUAUAAUAAUAAUAAUAUAAUAAUAUAAUAAUAUAUGCCAUUUAGCUGACGCUUUUAUCCAAAGCGACUUACAGUCAUGUGUGCAUACAUUCUACGUAUGAUACUCAGAGCAAUACACUGCUACUUAGAGCAAUACACUGAUACUCAGAGAAAUACAGUCUUCCUUAGAGCAAUACACUGAUACUCAGAGCAAUACACUGCUACUUAGAGCAAUACACUCUUACUCAGAGCAAUACACUGAUACUCAGAGCAAUACAGUCUUACUCAGAGCAAUACACUGAUACUCAGAGCAAUACACUGCUACUUAGAGCAAUACACUGAUACUCAGAGCAAUACACUGCUACUUAGAGCAAUACACUCUUACUCAGAGCAAUACACUGAUACUCAGAGCAAUACAGUCUUACUCAGAGCAAUACACUGAUACUCAGAGCAAUACACUUCUACUUAGAGCAAUACACUGAUACUCAGAGCAAUAAAGUCUUACUUAGAGCAAUACACUGAUACUUAGAGCAAUACACUCUUACUCAGAGCAAUACACUGAUACUCAGAGCAAUACACUCUUACUCAGAGCAAUACACUGAUACUCAGAGCAAUACACUGCUACUUAGAGCAAUACACUGAUACUCAGAGCAAUAAAGUCUUACUUAGAGCAAUACACUGAUACUUAGAGCAAUACAGUCUUACUUAGAACAAUACACUGAUACUCAGAGCAAUACACUGCUACUUAGAGCAAUACACUCUUACUCAGAGCAAUACACUGAUACUCAGAGCAAUACAGUCUUACUCAGAGCAAUACACUGAUACUCAGAGCAAUAAAGUCUUACUUAGAGCAAUACACUGAUACUUAGAGCAAUACAGUCUUACUUAGAGCAAUACACUGAUACUCAGAGCAAUAGUCUUAAGCAAUACACUGAUACUCAGAGCAAUACACUGCUACUUAGAGCAAUACACUCUUACUCAAAGCAAUACACUGAUACUCAGAGCAAUACAGUCUUACUCAGAGCAAUACACUGAUACUCAGAGCAAUACACUCUUACUUAGAGCAAUACACUGAUACUCAGAGCAAUACAGUCUUACUCAGAGCAAUACACUGAUACUCAGAGCAAUACACUGCUACUUAGAGCAAUACACUGAUACUCAGAGCAAUAAAGUCUUACUUAGAGCAAUACACUGAUACUUACAGCAAUACAGUCUUACUUAGAGCAAUACACUGAUACUCAGAGCAAUACAGUCUUACUUAGAGCAAUACACCGAUACUCAGAGCAAUACAGUCUUACUCAGAGCAAUACACUGCUACUUAGAACCCGGAGUCAAAUAAUUCAAGCUCUGAAAUUCAGCCUAAAAGAAGACUGCCAGCAUAACUGCAGCCUACAUCAGCUAAGCAGAGCUCUGUGAUGGAAUGAUAUUGAUUGAGAUGAAACAUGAAAAGUGGCCACUCCUUUAUUUUCCUGGUUUCCGUCGUUUUAUUACAAUUGAUUGCUUUUGUAUGUAAGCUCUCCUGUGUUUUCUCCUCCCCGCCCACCGUUCAUUAGUGAUGUUUCCUUAUCUCCUGCCUUUUUCACCUUUCUCUUUUUUUCCCCUUCCAUUGAUUUGUACAGGUAAAUUAAAGUUUCAUAGGAAAAUGUGUAA